GCAAUCAGGUACAGAUUUCUACUCUCCUCCAUCCACCCCCAUGACUAACUGCGUUUUUAAACUAAACACGUUUCUAGCCUUUCCUAUCUACCCAUACACGACAGACGGAAGACAGAAACUUGCAAUUCGUCUGCUUUCUGUCAAUCGUAACAACACUUUAGAAGAAUAAAUUCAAUCGAUUCUGUUAAUCAAAAUCAGGUUGAGAAAGGGAGUCGGGAGCUGAGGGAAAAUGGAUGCUCGAAAAAUAGUUGUGGUUGUGGAAGAUGUGGAGGUAGCAAGAACUGCACUCCAAUGGGCACUUAACAAUAUUCUUCGUUAUGGGGAUUUGAUCACACUUCUUCACGUAUAUCCCAGUACACCAUCCAAAAGCAAGAAGAAUCUUAGACUCCUACGCUUGAAAGGCUUCCAAUUGGCUCUCUCUUUCAGAGAAAUAUGCAAUUCCUUCCUCAAUACAAAGACGGAGAUUGUUGUGACGGAAGGGGAUAGAGAUGGCCGAAGAAUUGCGGCAAUGGUGAGUGAGAUUGGGGCCUUCGCUCUCGUUUUGGGUCUUCAUGAUGGGAGCUUUCUCUACAGGUUGGUAAUGGCCCCGAACAGUGUUGCAUUCAACUUGAACUGUAAGGUUCUUGCCAUCAAGCAACCAACACCACUAACAGCGAGGACAAUUUCUUUACAAGAUAGUUCAAUUAAAAUGGACUUCUCACAGAUUGAAAUAGAUACAUUGAGUGUCCCAGAAGUUCCUCCUCAGAAAAUCCAAUACCAAAUCUGUCCAGACCCUUCUGCUAUUAUAUGGAGAUCCAGGCAAUAAAGAAGAAUUAGAGCUUCAUGAAAGAAGUCUCAUCUUUGAAUCUAGAAAACAAGUAUUAAAGACGAAUUUUGCUGAAAUAGACUGAUGUACAACACAACUAGACAGCUUUGGAUUUGAUUCGCACAGCAGAUUUAUACAAGGAAAGUGAAACUGAAAUAGUAUAGUUAUCAUCUUCUCUAUUGCUGUUGUCGUUUUGUUGUAUGUUUGUUAGGGUGGAUUAUAUAGUAUUGAACAAUUUUAUAAAAGAAUGAAAAAGUUAAAAAUACUUUACAUUCUAGUGUUCGGUGCUAUC